AUGAUUUACGCGUCUCGUUUAGCCAACAAUGAACGACGAAUUUCACUAUUAAAGGAGGGCCAUUCAUUCAUUGACCAGUCUGUUCACAGCAUUGCAUCCUCCCAGAGCAGCAAGAUGUUCUGGUUUGAUUUGCUGAAAUUGGUCCUUACGGCCCUCGUCAUCCUGCUCCUCACGGACAGGUUCAUCAAUUCGUUCUUGCUGGACUUCAAGAGAGACCUGAGCAAAGUAGCUCUGAAUCAGCAAUCCAAUAUCUCCCCUGUGAGGAAGGAGAACGAAACUGCUGUUUACAGGAACUUUCUGGCACCACAGGGGUUCCCUUUGACUACCGGAUUGGGCAUCUCCCAUGGGUAUAAGAUUAGAAAUGGGAACUUUGCUGAUGUUUGGAUGGCUAUUAUGGAAGUAUCUACUAAUAAACUAGCAUUGCAUUUUGGAAAAGACCAUUCCACCUCUUUGGAGAGCAUCAAUGGAAUGAUAAACACGAUACUAUCAAACGAACAAUUUAAAGAUGUUAAGGAUAUUGGAAUUAAUGUCUCUGUUGCUUCCUCUUCAGGGUUCGCUCUUAUGGUUGCUGCAAUGCUUCGAAGUGUCACUGGUAAUGGUGGUGUCCCACAUAUACUUAAUGCAGUUCCAAGGGAGAGAAUCGAAAGCUUAGAUGUUUUGGCCAUUGAUUCGUGGUCUAAAUAUGAAAGAUUGGGCGAAAGUAAAGAUUGGUAUAAGUUGAUCAUUAUAUGCGAACCUAAAACUGGGAAAAAUGGUAACCAUUUAGAAUAUUCAAACGUUAUUACUUUUGAUAAACUGAUCUCCGAUUAUAAACAAGACAAAGUUUUCAGAUAUUCACCACCAGAUGAUAAUUUAGAUGAUAAAAAAGCACUAUUAAAGAUAUCCUUCCAAAAUAUGACUACAGAAUUCUCACAACUAAACCUAGUGAGUAGUUUAGCCACUUUCAUUAAGGGUUUCCCCAUGAAUCAUGAAAUUACUGGGAAAGAUUGUUUAACAAUACUUUUGCGAGAUACGUCUAAAAAUUCGAACAUUUCCCUACAAAUGUGGACUAAACUAUUAUCCGUAUUACUUCAUGGUGGCUCUAUCUCAUUUAUUGAUCAAACGUUAACAAUGCGAAACAUUCCUACAACAACAACAUUACUAUUAACCGAAUUAGAUUCCCUGAAGAAACUAGCAGAUUCAGUCAAGAACCAAGACCCACCAAUAUCCAUCCUACAAAGGCUAAAAUUAUCGUAUUCGAAAACUUUGAUUAGCGAGGGGAUAUUUACUCAGGUAGGUAAACACUCGUUACCAGAAUUGGAUCAAUUGAGAUGUAUAUUCGUGGCUGAUUCUCUAGAAGGUACAGAACAAAUAACAACAUUCAAAUCAUCUAUACCAAAACUACAAAAGGAAAAAUAUUUCAACUCUCUAGACACAAGACAAUUGAAUUCCUUGCGUGCCAUUUUUGGUUCAAGAAUCGUUAUUGAAUUAUAUUGCCCAUAUCUGAUAUUUGGCCCCAUAUUCCAAACCAACUUUUAUGAUUAUAGAGUCUUCUCUGAUUCAGUAAAUAAAAACUUUAUUUGCUUUGGUACUUUAUCAACAUCUUUAGAGGGUAAACUAAUUGCCACUUUGAAUGAUUUAGAUAUCACAAAAAGGCAAGGGAUGCUAUGCGUAAGAGGAUUUACCAUUGGUAAGCCUCUAGAAUCCAGCCGUCAAGAUGCAGCAAGGAAAUUAAGUGCUCAAUUAGGUGGUGGGGAAGGCUGGAUGCCAUUAAAUGGAGUAUUUGGGUUAUGGGGUAAAGAUGGGUGCUUUUACCUAUAUACUGACCAUCACUCCGAGAAAUACAAAAAAUUUAUAGAAGCAAAUGGUUUAUGGCCAUAUUAG